UCCCGCCUCUAAGAUCACCAUUAAACUUCUUUCAUCUGGUCCGAAUACAACAUAAUUUUAUAACUUGUUACAAUAAAUCGUUCUUUAAAAAAACUUAUUUUACAAUUUUCUACAACUAAGUGAACGAAAAAAUGGCAGCUGGAAAACUAGCUCUUCUAAGUGUUUCUGACAAAACCAACUUACUUCCACUUGGUAAAAAACUGCAUGAAAUAGGAUUAACUUUAGUUGCAUCCGGUGGUACUGCAAAAUCAUUGAGAGAAGCUGGUCUACCAGUUAAAGAUGUAUCAGAUAUUACUGGAGCACCUGAAAUGCUUGGAGGCCGAGUAAAAACUCUCCAUCCAGCUGUUCAUGCCGGUAUAUUGGCUAGGCUCACAGAAUCGGAUCAAAAAGAUCUUCAAAAACAAAAUUAUGAUCUGAUUAGUAUAGUAAUAUGCAAUUUGUAUCCAUUUAUAAAAACUGUAUCAAAACCUGAUGUAGAAAUUAAGGAUGCUGUAGAAAAUAUUGAUAUAGGAGGUGUUACUCUGUUGCGUGCAGCAGCAAAAAAUCAUUCUAGAGUGACAGUUGUUUGUGAUCCAAAUGAUUACGAUAAGGUGAUCAAUGAAAUAGAAACUUCUUCUAACAAGGACACAUCUGCUCAAACUAGGCAAAUGUUAGCAUUAAAAGCAUUCACGCAUACUGCAGAAUAUGAUAAUGCUAUUUCAGACUUUUUCCGUAAACAAUACAGUGCUGGCGUUUCACAACUAACUCUUAGAUAUGGAAUGAAUCCACAUCAGAAACCAGCACAAAUAUUUACAACUUUGGAUAAGCUACCGUUAACAGUUGUUAAUGGGUCUCCAGGUUUUAUUAAUUUAUGUGAUGCGCUAAAUGGUUAUCAAUUAGUAAAAGAAUUAAAAACUGCUUUGAAAUUACCAGCUGCAACAUCUUUCAAACACGUUAGCCCAGCAGGUGCAGCAGUUGGUGUUCCAUUAGAUAGUGUGCAAGCUAAAUUAUGUCAAGUAGAUGAUUUGAUUAAUCAAUUAACGCCUUUAUCUGCUGCUUAUGCUCGAGCAAGAGGAGCAGAUAGAAUGUCUAGUUUUGGAGAUUUUGUAGCAUUAUCUGAUCCAUGCGAUGUCGCGACAGCUAAAAUUAUUUCAAGGGAAGUUUCUGAUGGUAUAAUUGCUCCUGGUUAUUCAGGGGAAGCUCUUCAAAUUUUAAAGAAAAAAAAAAGUGGCGGCUAUUGUAUAUUACAAAUUGAUCCAACUUAUGAACCAUCUUUAAUGGAACACAAAGUUCUUUAUGGACUUACAAUGGAACAAAGGCGCAAUGACGCAAUUAUUAAUAGCCAGACUUUCCAAAAUAUUGUUUCUAACGUAAAAGAUAUAUCAGAAGCAGCUAUGCGAGACUUGAUUGUAGCAACUAUUGCUGUAAAAUAUACUCAAAGUAAUUCGGUAUGUUAUGCAAAAGAUGGACAAGUUAUUGGAAUUGGCGCAGGUCAACAGUCAAGGAUUCAUUGUACACGAUUAGCUGGAGACAAAGCUGAUAAUUGGUGGCUUAGACAGCAUCCUAAAGUAAUUGGUAUGAAAUUCAAGAAAGGUGUAAAAAGAGCUGAAAUUUCAAAUGCUAUUGAUAAUUAUGUUAAUGGAUCUAUUGGAAAAGACAUGGACGAAUCUACUUGGGCAGCAAUGUAUGAAGAAGUUCCUGAAAAACUCUCUGAAAAUGAUAAAAAAGAAUGGAUUAAAAAGCUAAGCGGCGUUGCUAUUAGUAGCGACGCUUUCUUCCCAUUUAGAGAUAAUGUGGAUAGAGCUAGACUUAGUGGAGUUAAAUACAUCGCUAGUCCUGCUGGUUCUACUAACGACGUUGUGGUAACUCAAGCCUGCAAUGAACAUAAUAUUGUAUUAUGCCAUACAAACGUGAGACUAUUUCAUCAUUAAUAAAAUCAUCUAUUCAAAUAAUUGAUAUUCAUAAGCAUUUAAUUAAGCAACAAUCUAAUAAUGUGGUUAAAGUUUUUUAUUACACAAUAAUUGAAUAAAUAUUUUUACAUUUUCAUAUUAAUGCUUAUUAAAGAUAUAUUUUUGUAAAAGACACGAUUAAGUGUUUGAAAGAAUUAUUAAAAAAUUUAUUAAACAA